AUGUUGCGUGCGGCCACGAUCUCACUGUUGGCGGCGCUGUCAUCUCUCCUGAGCGUCGCCGCCGCCGCUCAUGCUCCGCGGCCGCCCACUCCGUCGAGGAUCAAGCUUACGCAGAACUUCCGCGAGGCAGCGGCGCUCUCCGCCAAGCUUGCGGACCCCGCGACGCCGCAGCAGCGCAAAAAGGUGGCCGUCAUCGGCGGCGGCCUGUCUGGCCUCGCGUGCGCCAAGUACCUCUCCGACGCCGGCCACACGCCGCUCGUCCUCGAGGCGCGCGACGUGCUCGGCGGCAAGGUGUCCGCAUGGCAGGACGCCGACGGCGACAUGAUCGAGACGGGCCUGCACAUCUUUUUUGGCGCGUACCCAAACAUGAUGAACCUCUUCCAGGAGCUCGGCAUCGAGGACCGGCUGCAGUGGAAGGCGCACCGCAUGACGUUUGCCAUGCCGCAGCUGCCCGGCGAGUUCACCUCGUUCGACUUCCCAGACGGUGUGCCCGCGCCGCUCAACAUGGCGGCGGCCAUCCUGGGCAACACAGAGAUGCUCUCGCUCCUCGACAAGGUGCGGAUGGUGCCCGGCCUGCUGCCGAUGCUGCUCGAGGGCCAGCCGUUCAUCGACGCGCAGGACGAGCUGAGCGUCAAGGAGUUCAUGGACAAGUACGGCAUGCCGGAGACGGUCAACGAGGAGAUCUUCAUCGCGAUGGCAAAGGCGCUCUACCACACCGCCCACAGUCCUGAACCCACACUGGACUCGGCAGCGCUCGACUUCAUGGACCCGGACCGCAUGUCGAUGGCGGUGGUGCUCACCGCGAUGAAUCGCUUCAUCAACGAGGCGGACGGCUCGCAGGCGCGUGCGUGCACCGCAUUCCUCGACGGCGGCCAGCCGGAGCGCCUCUGCGCGCCGGUGGUGGAUCACGUCCUCUCCCGCGGCGGCGAGGUGCGGCUCGGCGCGCCGCUCGCCGCUAUCGAGGUUGGCGACGACGGGCAGGUUGCCUGCCUGCGGCUUGCGGAUGGCUCUUCUGUGGAGGCGGACGUGUACGUCUCCGCCGUGCCGGUGGACGUCUUCAAGAAGCUCCUGCCCGCCUCGUGGUCGACGAUGCCCUUCUUCCGCCAGACCGAGGAGCUGGUCGGCAUCCCGGUCAUCAACGUGCAGCUCUGGUUCGACAAGAAGCUCCGCUCGGUGGACGGGCUCUGCUUCUCGCGCUCGCCGCUCCUGUCUGUGUACGCCGACAUGAGCACUUGUGUCGAAGAGUACGCCGACGCGGACAGGUCGAUGCUCGAGCUCGUCUUUGCGCCUGCGACGCGCGAGGUCGGCGCGGACAGGAACUGGAUCGGCGCGUCGGACGCGGAGGUGGUCGCCGCGUGCCUGGGCGAGCUGAGCAGGCUCUUCCCGGGCGCUCCGUGUACGCCGCCACGCCCGGCCGCAACCGCUACCGGCCGAGCCAGGCGACGCCCGUCCCCAACUUUGUGCUCGCGGGCGACUGGACAAGCCAAAAGUUCCUCGGCUCGAUGGAGGGGGCGGUGCUGGCGGGCAAGCUCGCGGCCGAGGUCAUCGCCGACCGCGCCGCCGGCCGCGCCGCCGCGACGUCGCAGACGCUCAAGCCCGUGCACGAGGAGGUGGUCGCCGCGGCCGAGGGCGCCGCCCCGCGCGAGCCAGUGGGCGUGCGCGGGCGGCACCCAAUUGCCUUUGGCGGCGGGCAGCAGGGCUUGGGAGAGACGAAGUUUGAGCACGCGUGACCGCGCGAGGGGGCGGGGGGGCGGGUCUCGCCACACGCCAGCAGGGCCAGGCCCAGGGCGACAGGGGCCAGGGCGCAUUUUAAUACGUGUACAGCAGGCAUGGCUCUCCUCUACACACACAAACACACAUACGUCAGUACGGUGUGUUCGGGGUUACACCUCAUACAACUGACACUUGAAAGAGACCUGACAGAGGUCUCCAGAGGUGUAGUGCGGGAAUUCUGGCAGACCACACACACACACAUAUAAACACACGGCGUCGCUCGGACUCGCUGUGGGAGAGAGUACUUCCCCAACAAGGAAUACAACCGAUACCCGCGGCUCACGCAACGUGUGCAUUGUCGAGAGCGGCGCGCCGCGUCGCGAGCUGUGCUUUGCACAAGCACAAGCACGGAUGGACCGGUGAGGCGGUGCGGCCGGCGGCGGCGGCUGUCCGCCGGCUGGCGAGGCGCCCUCGCGUCACACCGUCUCAUUCUCGUGGUGCACGUAGAAGGAGGAGUUGAUCGGCUCGUAGUGCCGCCACAGCGCCUCUUCUCCCUCGAAGCGGCACUGCACCUGCCCGUGCGGCGGCAGCGAGACGACCAGCGCGUGCGCCGCCUCCAGCAGGUCGGGCUCAAAGGCCAUGUCGCCGCUCGCGUGGACACGCAGCUCCAUCAGCAUGCAGUGCAGCGGCGGCAGAACAUACUUGAGCGGCGGCGGAGAGAUCAGGCCGCACCCGACCUCGGCAGAGGCGUCCGCCGCGCCGGGCUCGGCUGGGGGCACCGCAGCGCACCACCCAACCUGCUCGACCGCGAGCGGGCGGCCGUCGCGCAGCAGCAGCAGCAUGUGGCCGCCUCCGAGCAGGCAGAGUGUCUCGGGCCGCAGGUUCUGCAGCAGCAGCUUGCAGCUGAGGCGCGGCGAGGUGCAGCCGUCGAGCGGAGGUAGCAGCCGGCAGGCGGGUUGGUGGUUGAUCAGCAGCCACGCGGCGAGGCGGCCCGACUCGCCGAGUGCGUGGUGGACCGCCCGCGGCGAGAGGGCGGCGCAGCACGGCCGCCGCCGCCGCCGGUGGAAGACACGCCACACCUCGCGCCACGAGCGCUCGCCAUGAACAUACUUGCCGGAGCGCGACCGGCGGCGAGUCGCGAGGCGCCACCGGGUGGUGACGGCGUUCUCCCAAAGCUCCUCCCCGGCAGCGACCGUGCGCCAGGCGUGGCAGACCUGCAUCGCCGCCGCGAGCGUCCAGCCGCACCGGGCCUGCGCCAGGCAGAGCGAGAGGACGUCGUCGCCGAGCGAGUCGAUGGCGGGGUCCGCCUUGACGCUGGUCGGCUCGAGCGCCGCCUCGAGCGGUGCGGCACGGCGGUCGAUGCCGAGGGCUCGCCAGCCAGCUGCGGCCACCGCGGAGGCGUCUUCAGUUGGGAGGUGCAUGAUUGAUCGGCGGCCUUACGGC